AUGAUGGCGAACAAAUUGAUUAGGGCUCUGUUCGUAUACAGUUUGGCUUUGAUUUAUGGCUUUAUGGUAUGUGUAGUUAUAUUGUUGAGGGCUAUUUGGAACCUUGAAAUACCGACAAGGGGAAAGCGACGAGAAAAACGUAAGUAACGAUCGGUGAAUUUGCACCGGUUCAGCGAACCUGAUCUGUUGUGCAGGUAUAUCUGAUGUCAAUUCGGUCAGAUUUUUGCGUUUAAUAGUGCUCACUACAGCAGGGACCCUUCCAACUAUUAGCUUUACAUCAAUUUAUGCGAUAUUAAAGCUGCUGGCUAAUUUGCUCCCCCUUCCGGCGGUCCUGUGGCUGUGGAAUCGACUUGUAAGCGAAACGACCCGUUUCUUGUGGCAGCUGUCCUCAUUUAAGAGGCACGAAGAAAUUAAGGAAAGCGCGCGAUCUAGCUGUCAGCUAAGCUCACGUUCUUUUGCUUGUUGAACGUUGUAUAUAUACAAAGUUCAAAAAAAUGGAAUGACCCUCACGCGAUACAAACGGCUUAUCUACAAAAUACUGAAUACAAAAUAUAAAUUCCUUUGGGCCGUACCCUGCGAGCAGAGGGUUCGCAUGGCUUUUAGCUUUACCAAGUCAGUGGCGUAGUAGGUUUGUUUACUCGCUGAAAACCUCUACAGCGAGCCGCUUGUUAUUUCCGUUGUGCAUGUGUUACGAGUUAGCGACAAGAGGAAUAUUUAGUUCGCUGACUAAACGUAAGGAACGCAGCAGGGUUUUCGGAACAGUGACAGGAUGAGUUAUUCCAAAAAUGAACGUGACAUCACAACGGUACCUCUACGACAUAACUCACAACUCUGGACUUGUAAACGAUGAACACGGCCUCCGCCAAAAACUGAACCCACGAACCUGAUCAAAACGAGUGUUCUUGUUUAUAUGCGAAGUCGAGUUCUAGAACGUUCGAACAGGUCUAAUAAUAGUACGCUCACUGAGCUCCUAAAAUAAACAAUCUGAGCCGAAUAGUCAUGCAAUGUCACGCUAGUCACGCUAGACAAUUUUUCGCAACAUACGGCCCCCUCUUGAGAAGAAACAGGAACAGAAAAAUUGUUAAAUUGAUGGCUUCUACCUUGAAAUUGUACCUUUGUGGGAACAUUACCCAUCGCAUGAGUUGUGCGUUAGCAUGUCUUGCUAACGGUUAGUGGACUGUCUACAACACAUAUGGUACUCCAUACAAGUAUAAAUGAAAUCUCUUGUUUCCCCACACAAUUGCAAUUAAGUCACUCUUUCUCGAUUGUACAUUUAGAGUCGCUGCACUUUGUGCUUAACAAUUUCUUGCUGGCUAAUGACUGUAAAGGAGUUGAUGUUUUCAUGAUCAUUUCUCUACAGCUCCUUCGUGCCUUCUUGACCCUGAGCUUGGUGAACACCAUUUCCUGAGAACAGCAUCAAAUAUCAGGAUCCAUUAUGUUGCUAAAGGAGACACAGGCAAACAACUUAUGCUGUGUCUUCAUGGGUUCCCUGAGGUAAUGUUAACAAUGCUGCUUCUGUUUGUUUUCACAGCCUCUGCAUCCAUAGAUGUUAAAUAAAUGUACAUUAAAACUAUCAAAAAGUUAAAAAAGUGACAAUUAAAUAAUCUUGCCAUUUCAGGUCUAUACUAGCUAGCCUGCGCCACAAAACCGAUGAAUCAAAACUCUAGUUAAGUCUGUCUGUGAAACAGCACCAAAAUCUUUGUUCUGGGCUCCACACCAGGAUUUGAGUACAUGCCAUGAUAAUGGCUUGUUAAGAACGUCAUUGUAGAUUUGCCAAUCUGGGUAUGAAAGAAAAUUUGAAACACGUUUCUGAAAAUUUUUUGAGUCUGUUGGGGGCACUGAACAUUAGGAUCUGGGUGCUGCUUUGCAGACAUUACUAACUGAGGUUGAAUUGCGUCUGCAACGCACAGGCUUACAGUACAAGGGUUAACUUGCUACGAUGUAUAAAAGAUUUAAAUAGCAUAUGAGUUAGUAAGCAAAUUGCUUAAUAGACAAUGUAAAAUAAUUACUAUUAAUAUAUUGGCCUUAAGAACCACUGACCCUGUUUUUCUGUUUUAAAUAAAUCACUUUGCAGUUUUGGUAUUCCUGGCGAUAUCAGCUGAAAGCCUUUAGUGAUAAUUUCCGGGUGGUUGCAGUGGAUUUGAGGUACUCCAAAACUAUAAUCAUUUAUUAUUAAAAGCCUAAGAAAAAUGUCACAUCAAGAAUUUUCUCUGGCAGUGCCCUGUGGCCCCUGGCACUCUUAGGCAACAAGGAAAUCUUGGUUUUUUCAUGCAAAACACUACGCUAACACACUGGAUUUCAUAGAUUUUAUAGAGCAACAGGGUAAUAUCAGUUCCUCUUAUAGUGCACUACCCUUGACAUUAAUUUAUACCAUACAUGUAAUUCAAAAGCUUUGGGGAGAAUGCAUGGAUACAAGCUUGAUCCAGCACAAUNACGCUAACACACUGGAUUUCAUAGAUUUUAUAGAGCAACAGGGUAAUAUCAGUUCCUCUUAUAGUGCACUACCCUUGACAUUAAUUUAUACCAUACAUGUAAUUCAAAAGCUUUGGGGAGAAUGCAUGGAUACAAGCUUGAUCCAGCACAAUGAUUUCUUGAAUCAUUCGGGUGAACAAAGCAUCUUAUGAUAUUAGACAUCAGUGACAGUUGCCUUGAUCACCAUUGUCCAAUCAUAGCUAACAUGUGUCCACCCUAAUGAUCCAAGAAAUCACUGCACUGAAAAUUUUGGAAACAUAACUUUUGUUUUAGGGGCUAUGGUGAAAGUGACAGUCCCAAAGGGCGAGAACACUACAAGACGUCAUUACUGGUUAACGAUAUUAAAGAAAUCGUAAGUGCACUUACAUGUAUUACUGAAACAGCAGAUUGAAUGAAGAAUUUAAAUACAAAACUUUUGAGGUUAUAUAUCAAGCAUGAGAAGUAAUUUUUCAUCACCACAGGAAACACUGACAAGAGAGUUGAAAAUACAAUGGGCAGCAGAGUAUUUUUGACGAACUUCGAGGUGUUCCAUCUGGUGAUGAAACACUGUCGAAUGCUUGAUAUAUUAUUUACUUCUCAAACAAAAUGAUUUUAGAAGGAGAAAUAAAUUAAGGAUGCAAAAAUGAGGAGUUUUUUUUCUGAUUUCCAAACUGCCAUUAAACUUUAAUGUCCUUUGUAUUUUCUUUAUGAAUUUUUGAUGAGUUUGAGAAGUUGGAUGACAAUUUGUGUAUAAUAAACAAAUUAUUUUGUGGAUUCAAAGUCUUUUAAUAAAAGUAAAUGCUUUAGAAAAUUAGGAAUCAAAAAUAAAAAUGAAUAGAAAAAAUAUUAAAUAUAAAAGCGAAUAAGAAUAAUGAAAAUAUUAUUUUCCUUGGCUGUCUGUACAGCUUUGAGUACAUUAAUUGUUUAAUUCGAUUUAAUGACAACCAUUAUGCCAAUUUCAUAAUAAUUUAUUAUAAUGUAUUUUUAUUAUUGCAUUAACUGCAUUGUUAAAAAAAAAUAAAUGCUGGGGAGAUAAUCACCGCAAUUUUUUUUGCACAGCAAUGGGUUAAAAGAAAUUGUUUUUUCAAGUAUUUCAUAGCAGCACCCUUUAUAUCUAGAGGAUGCAAACUCUUAAAAGAUUAACAUUUUUUUAAAAAUUUUUCACAGAUUGAGGCACUUGGAUACACGUCUUGCACUUUGUUGAGUCAUGACUGGGGUGGAGCCUUGGCGUGGUAAGGCGGCCACUGCACCAUAAUAAUCCUUUAACUCUCAAGAUGUGAUCAACAUCAAUUUUCUGAUGUGAAGAUACAUUAGACAUGACUAGAACAGCAAGAGCAAACUGAUGUUAGAGUUCAACGCUAAUAUUAAUAAUAUUUUAUUUGUUGUUGUAAAAUUAAGUGUACUGUGAGCAGCCCAUGAGAAGAAGGCAGGUAGAGAAGGUGAACCUUUCUAUUUGCGUCACUGUAUGCUUCCCUCUGGUCGUUAAUUUAUUCUCUGCAGCCCUGCAAAGGGUUAAUGCUAAUGAGCACCUGUGCCAUCUUAUAGGAGAAACCCUAGCAGCAAAGGUUUUUGCGGCAGUGGGUUUGUUUAGUCAGGGGGUAUCUACUUUGAUAAAUCUUUUUCUCUUUGUUUUAACUUCAGGACGUUUGCCCACAUGCAUCCAGAGUUUGUAGACAAAUUGAUAGCUUGCAACAUACCAUACCCUAGGUUAGUACCAGCUAGCACUUAUUAGGCUGACUUAUCAACAGAACCGGAAAGUCGGUUGACGACGGUGCACGUACGUACGAACCAAAAUUUUUUCGAUGUAUAGAUAACCAUAUUUCUUUCCCAUGGUGCUUUGCUGUAUGCAUGACGGCUCUGCUCUAAAGUUUACUACUAUAUACUGUGUCGCCUGUGUCACUAAUUCUUAAACCGUAAAAAUUUGGAAUAGCGACAUGUGCCUAUUGCGGUACGUAUAAGAUGUAUGGGCUCAAUCCCGUUUAUUUGGAGAAAACCUUUGCCAGGUAGUAGAAUCAACCUCCCAAAAAAAAGCUUUAGCUUUAUUAUUAUGAGAAAAAGGUUGAACCAGGUUGGCCAAUAGCGCUGGUGCAUGCUCUUAUUGCCCAAACAGGCGCUAGACAAGCGGAAUCGUUUACAUGGAAAAAAUUUGGCCUGGCCAGGAGGUUAACCCUACCAUCACAACUGACGGUGGCCUAGUUCAAGGCGGGUAAACCUUCCAGGUGUAGCCUGUACACAGACGUUGUUUUAUUUUUCUCGUCGUUUUCGAUAAACCCUCUGCGGUUUCUGUCUUUUAUUACGCGCGCUCGACGGUCUUUAAAGAGAAAAUAGAGGCCUGUGAACAGGCUAUUCUAGCUUAGCCAACUUUUUGCGUCUCGUGUAAACAGUGUAAACGGUUCGUCAUGUUUUGUAAGGAAAUGUUUGAAAAGUUGGCUCGUUCAGGGUAGCUCGUGUAGGCGGGUGACCCUUCAACCUGGAUAAACUUUUCUCCAUAUAAACAGGGCCUAAUGCAUAUCUGUUUCUCUCCAUCAGAUGCUUUUUCCAGCCGUCCAAACCACAGUUCUUUCGCACUUGGGUAAGAGAAACUUUGGUCAUUGGUACCUGUAUNUGCUGGACAAGCGAAAUUGUUUACAUGGAGGUUACCCCUACCAUCACAAAACGGUGGCCUAGUUCAAGGCGGGUAAACCUUCUAGCUUUAGCCUGUACACAGACGUUGUUUUAUUUUUCUCGUCGUUGUCGAUAAACCCUCCGCGGUUUCUUUUAUUUAUCACGCGCGCUCGACGGACUGUAAAGAGAAAAUAGAGGCGUGUGAACAGGCUAUUCUAGCUCAACCAACUUUUUGCGUCUCGUGUAAACAGUGUAAACGGUUCGUCAUGUUUUGUAAGGAAAUGUUUGAAAAGUUGGCUCGCUCAGGGUAGCUCGUGUAGGCGGGUGACCCUUCAACCCUGAUAAACUUUUCUCCAUAUAAACAGGGCCUAAUGCAUAUCUGUUUCUCUCCAUCAGAUGCUUUUUCCAGCCGUCCAAACCACAGUUCUUUCGCACUUGGGUAAGAGAAACUUUGGUCAUUGGUACCUGUAUACACUGUUAAGUAAUAUCACGCGCUGAGUACAUUUUACGAGUCCCCAUUCCAAAUCACUUAGGAAAACUCCUUUCAGUGGAAAAUUAGCCGGCGGGCGCUGGGUCGCCCGAAUUUCCCCUCGCUGCCUUGAAAAAUUAGUUGAGAAAAGAUCAGAGCAAUUUUUCCUUUAGUGAUGAUUAUUUACUAAUUCUCUUAACCUUUCUACUUGAUUAUGUAUUGACAUGGUUACUAAGGAGAAAAUUAACGUUGAUCACUUUUGGGACUUAAAGGGUUGAGACGAGUUAUAAUUCUUGUUUUUCAGUACUUCUGUUACAUUCAAUUGCCAUACCUUCCUGAGUUCGAGACGGAGGUGAAUGACUACAGGAUUUUAAGCACGGCUUUUAAGGUACUAUACUGUGCAAAUAUUUGAGACCACAGUCAACCUUGGAGACCAUACAUGUAGCGAAAACGGCUCUUUAUAAAGUACAGUCGCGUUCUUUUUAGUCUGAAAUGUCAUGCGUCUCCACCCCCUAACCCCUAACCCUUGGGCUCCGUGAAACGUCGCAUUGGAAUUAAGGAAGUUUCACUCUUUUACUGACAGCACGAAAUGUACUUACUUAAAAGUGUCUUGCACGUCUAAAGUUGCGUCAUGUGACCUCGAAGUAACCAUUAAGAGCGCGCGCUGUUGGAAAGAAAUUGCCAGCUCUAUAGCAAUGUUUGCGCCUCUUGCGUUCUCAACUUGUUACCGAACUGAUUUUAGUGUUGCAAGUUACGGUAACAGUUGCAGAACUGAGUAGACCCGAAUUCUACUUUUUCGGCACGCAUUGCAGCGCCUUUGGUUGUUUGAUGUUCUUGUUUUUGCCGCCGUACUUUAUCAUAGAAAUCGUAGUUAACUUGGUUAAAUUGAGAGCUAACAAACUAUCACAUUUGUUCCUUUGUUUUUACAAGGACGUGGGUUUCGCAGAUGAAGAGGUGGAAGCUUAUAAGUACGCUUUGAGUCAGAACGGUCUCAGUGGUCCUUUGAACUAUUACAGAAAUGCAGUGUUACCUGAUGCACCUUGGGGACUGUUAAACACCAAGAUAAAGGCCCCAACUCUUGUUGUAUGGGUAUGUAGAUAAAGGGUACAUGUAGCUGCACCCUGACCCCUCCCUCCCGAAAUUUUACCUUCUUUAGGGGAAGGGUGCGGCAGCACGUAUAGGCUAGAGUAGAUAUGACCAGACCAAAGUUCUUCUCUUCCCAUGAGCCUCAUUGCUGCCUUUGCCUUAAGGAUGCUGGGAAGCAAUCUCUUCUCCAGGGUGUCUCGUCUUUCUGGGAACGAGACUUGCUGGGAAGAGGGGACAAAAGAAAGCCCACUGGGGGCAAUGGGAAGGGGGGAAAUAGAAACUAUCUUCAAUUUUCCAUCGAGAGCAAUCGAAAGCUGAAGAUUUUAAAAUUCAGUUAGUUUUUAUCCUUCUUGGUAAUAUUACGUGUAUUAACGAGUCUUUUUUUAAAAUCAUUUUUAGGGCACGGCGGAUACGUUUAUUACUCUUGAUACCUUGGAAGGAACAGAGGAAUAUGUUGAAGAUUUGACAAUCAAGUAA